GUUGGGACAGACUCGCCAAAUCAGCCUCUCUUUAUUCGCGAAACGGAAUAAUUGAACAAAGACUAUUGCGAACUAAGCCAACAAAACCAUCAGCGCUGCGUCCACAGAGAGCUAAAGCAUGCUUCUUUAACGAUGCAAUAGAGGCCAAAUCUAUAGAGCCGCUGAGCAACUAAAACGGUCAAUCUUACCCUGUUGAUGGUAAAAUGUCCCGUCGUGUUGGUUUGAGUCGGGCUUCGAAGGCCCAGCCACUGCUCAAGAAUAUCGAAGGGCGACAUAAACCGGCCAAGCAGCCAGUGAACGAUGAUGCCCCCCCUCUAUCAACUGAUGAGAGCGCAUCAGAACAAGAAGAAGAUUCUAUUUUUGAUGAAUUAACUACGCGACCCAACGACUUGCUCCCCCGAACCCCUAAAGGGCACAAGACUACUAAGCUGCCCCAGUUGGAACACAGCUCUGAUGAGGAACGGCAGACCAAGAUAUCUAUGAAACGAACUACGUUUAGGAAUACUCGUAGUAGAUCGGCGACGGCAGAAACCACAGACCGAGAUAUUGAGUCCACCACGAAAUGGAAUCUCCCGAAUAGAGAUGAAUUACAUACAAAAUCAAAGCGACUGAGGCUGCCCUCAGAAGACGCCCCAGAGCCGUAUAAAGGGACAUCUCGGCCUGCUCGACCCUCUGCAGCUUCAGGCAAUUUCAAGAAGACCGGAGGCCAUCUUAAAGACGAGCAUGGAUUUGUAAAAGUCAAACAGUCUAAAGCAACUUACGGGAAAAAAGCGUCGAGUAGCCAAGACGCUCCAGCAUCUCCCCCCAAGAAGUUUAAAAAGAUACGAGUACCGAGUCCACUCAACUCACCUCCAAAGAAAAAGGCACGGGCAUUCUCAAUGCCCGACGCCUUAUCGUCCUCGCCGGACGCUGGCCCCCAAUUCAAGAGCAUUGAUGCGAACCUGGACGACGACUUUAGCUCUGAUGAAGAAAAGCUGCGCCUUGCAAAGGCAAACAAAUACAAAGAUGAACCCUCACGGAGAAAAUCAUCGCCUAAGGCCAUAUUCAGACUGCCAACAGACUUCAUAGACGUGCCUAUACGAGACGGUGGCGGCGAGUUUGUCGAUAGAACGCUGUCAGAGUUCGACUCCGAAGAUGACACUCCAGGACUUGCUGCGAAGGAUAAAUAUGCAGCUGAUUUACAAGAAGCAACGUGUCCAUGGUGUGGCGAAGAGGUGGACAGGCAGCUCUUGGACGAUUUCUCAAAGGGGAGACAACAUCUGACAGUAAAUAUGCAGACAACGUUCUGCCGAAAGCAUAAAAGGCAUACUGCCGAAUCUGUCUAUAAGCAAAAAGGCUAUCCGAAGGUAGACUGGAAGAAUAUUGAGAAUCGUUUUGGAAGAUUCAGGUCAGACUUGCUUGGAAUUAUUGACGGCUCGCCUUCAUACUUCCGCCGUGCGCACGAGCAGUCAAUCAACGCUGGAAAAAGGCGAAUGAUGAAAGAAGAUGAUAACAUGAACCCUGGGUACUAUGGACCUCGUGGGUUGACCGCCAUGAGUGACUACCUGGUUCGAGAAUUUAGCACUGAACUAAAGGCCAGGGUGCUAAAGGAUGAAGUUAUUGCAGCUAGAGGUUCUGCAGCAUUUAUCCAAUGCGUCCUUGUUGGCGAACUAGGCAUACGUUUGAUAAUGGAAGACUUGGAUGUAGGUGAAGACGACGCAAUAGAAGUCUUGGAAGACAGUAAAACCAUUGGCAUCAUGGUUCAUGACGAUAUUUAUACGACAUAGGCGCAGUUGAUAUGGGGGCGGUGCAUAGUAAUCAAAUAUGAAGAGUAUAUUGAUCAUGUAAACCAGUAUAAUCUGCGACUUUAAUGCUGCAGAAGCAACGCAAUAGCCUCAUAAGGCUGUAAAUCGAUUUUUCCAGAGUUAACAUCGGCCUUGGUCUUACCAUUUGGUGACAAAAUGACUUCGACGGCAUUUCCAGCCCACUCCCAAGAAACACUGUCGCCUGAGAAGUUGGCCACAACGAGACCAGACUGACCACUAGCGGCCUUGCGGAUAUAGGCAAACACUUUAUCGUUUCCUUCAUCCAAUAAAGCAAAGUCUCCGUAAACGAAUACGUCUUUCAACAAUUUGCGUUUUUCAAGGACUUGGCGCCAAAUAUGGUAUACAGAGUUGGGGUUUGUGACUUGAGAUGCAGCGUUUAUCUCGGCAAAGUUGUUGUUAACCCGCAUCCAUGGCUUAGGACCAUCAGUGAAACCUGCAUGAGCAGAGCGAUCCCAUUGCAUGGGUGUUCGAGCAUUAUCUCUUGACUUCUUCUGGUAUUCGAUUCUGAAGGCGGCCUUGGUAGUUUCAUCCUUGCCUUGUUGGAGUCU